AUGGAUACUCAAAUAUCUGGUAUUUUAAAAGCAUCCAAAAAAGAUAGCCAGACCUCUUAAAGAUGUGAUAAAUUCAAGAAUAUAAUUGCUCAAGGAUCAAAAAAACAUAGAAUUGUAUUUAUAGAUGAGAUAGACAAAUAAUAAUCUCUGACUUAAGUGCAUGAAAUUGAGAACUGGAAAGAAUAUAAUGUUGAAGAACCCUUAAAAGACGCUAAAUAAUCCUGCGGAUGUAUCAUCAUUUGA